UGGAUCUGUCUUUGUCGGAUUAUCCACUUCGCCAUGUCUUCUCUUCACUUAAUAUCUGUUCCGUUGUUGUUGUGUGUUUUUAAAUUAGAUGAAAGUAGUAAAGAACUAAACUUUGGUAGUUAGACCAGUGUCUUAUUGAUCCGAUUCUUAUUGCUAACAGGUUUUUGUUGGUUUUCGACUCGACCGAUUAUUUAACAGAAAGUGAUUUGCUUUUUCUUCUAGAAUCUGUAUAAUUGUGUUGUGACAAGUAAUUUGUUCAAGUUAAUCUGUAUAGUUGUGCUGAUAAGAGAAAGCACUGUAUCUGAUAGAAGAAUCAUUGAAGAAGAACUAGUGAACACAAGGAAUAUGGGAACUCACAUCAAUUUCAACAGCUUAGGAGGUGGUGGAAGUUACCAGAUGAAGCCAACAGAUAGUCCCAAUCCCCUGGCGAGACAGUCCUCUGUUUACUCCCUAACCUUUGAUGAGCUUCAGAGCACAUUCGGUGGACCGGGGAAAGAUUUAGGGUCUAUGAACAUGGAUGAGCUCCUGAAAAGCAUAUGGACUGCUGAAGAAGCUCAGGCCAUGACUUCUUCAGCUGCUACAGCGGUUGCGCAACAUGGUGGUGGGAAUCUCCAGAGGCAAGGCUCGUUGACAUUGCCUAGAACGAUUAGUCAGAAGACUGUUGAUGAGGUCUGGAAAUUUCUGAUCACCAAGGAUGGUGAAAUGGGAGGUAGCAGCAAUGGUGAGUCUAAUGCACAACAGACUUUAGGGGAGAUGAAGAUUGAGGACUUUCUGUUUCGCGCUGGAGUUGUAAGAGAAGAUAACAACGAGUUUUAUGGUAACAACGGUUCUGCUGAAGGGCUAGGCUUUGGAUUUGGUCAGCUAAAUCAAAACAACAUAUCAUUCAAUGGCACUAAUGAUUCCAUGAUCUUGAAUCAGCCACCUGGUUCAUGCCUCAAAGUGGGUGGUACAACUCAGCACCAGCGGAUGCCUCAAACCAUUUUUCCUAAACAAACAAACGUAGAAUUUGCUGCGUCUGUGUGUAUGGUCAACAAGGGCUUCACUGGGGCUGUGAACAAUGAUAAUGGAUUAGCUAGUUUCAGAGGAGAAGGGGUUAAAAUUGCAGCGACAUCACCAGGGACAAGCAGCGCGGAGAAUAACUCUCUGUCACCAGUUCCUUAUGUGCUUAACCGAGGAAGAAGAAGCAAUACGGGUGUAGAGAAGGUUAUCGAGAGGAGGCAAAGGAGGAAGAUCAAGAACAGGGAAUCAGCUGCUAGAUCUAGAGCUCGGAAGCAAGCUUAUACCUUGGAACUGGAAGCCGAAAUUGAAAAGCUCAAGAAAGUGAAUCAAGAAUUGCAGAGAAAACAGGCUGAAAUGAUGGAGAUGCAGAAGAAUGAGGUGAAUGAACCGAGGGGCAGCAAGAGGCAGUGCCUGAGAAGGACACUAACCGGUCCUUGGUAAAAUCAGAAUGUAACAACAUGUACCGAGCAUACCAGACACCGGUUUGCAUGGGAAUAAUGUAAUAGGAGAUAGUGGUGCUACCUGUACAGGAGAUUAAGAGAAAUUUUAUUAAGUGAGAAUCUCAGGUUAUACAGUAGAAGUAUCAUAUUAUGUUUUGUGCCCUGGCCUUCAUUAGUCUAGCUAUAUACUCUGUUUUGUGCUUUCUAGUUUUAUGGAGUUUUCUACAAGCGUUUUUUAUA